GCGUACGAUAUUUUCUGCGUAAUACCGUACGUACCAUUCGCGCGUGUCACGAGUGAUUUUCUGUGGAAGAAAAGAUAUGCCAAGAAAGUUCGUGAAAAAUGAAUCAUCGCCAUCACAAUCACCAUCUCCACCGCCUCUGUCCACUCGUCUGGGUCCGGGACCGGACAAUCUCUAUGGGAAAGCAUUCCGCCGUGCUCAUACCGCGUCUCGAUGCCAAAACAAUCUGGCAUUGGGCAAGGAAUGAUCGGAGCCAACCAGGGAGAAUACUAAUAUAAAUAUAAAACAUACCUCUGUCAUGGACCAACACGAGCAUCGAUCGGUGUCGCCGCAAAACGCGGGGGCCGAGCGAGAGCGGCUUGGUGGGGGGCCGACAGCGACGAGCGACGACGCCGAUCCGGUGCGACAGAGCCACAGCAUCCCCCUCCAGGAUCUUCCGUGCGACGCCUUUGCCCUAGUCGUCAGCUAUUGCCCCGACCUGGAAUCCCUCACAAACCUCGGAUCUGCGAGCCACCCGCUGGGGAGGAUGGUCUUCCGCCAGAACCUGCUGAAUUGCGACCGCUGCCGGAUCCCCCUCUUUGCCGACGAGAACCUGUCGUCGAGGACCCCCCACACGAGGGCCUUUUCGUGCUCGGUCUGUCGCUCCACGCUGUGCGGCUACCAGCUCUUCGAUUACGACCGGCGCAACUGCAAGCCCCAAAAAUGCGACGGCUGCGGGAGCAUCGAGUGCCGGGCCUGCAUGGAGGCCCACACCUCCGACGAACACGCCGACGGAUACGGGACCGAGAACUAUUGCAAGGCCUGCCAGGGGGAAUUCGAAUUCGGCAUGGGGGGUUGCUGAUCGGGGCGGGAGUGUCGCGGGUUUUCGAUGACCAGUGGGGAACGCUCCAGCGUACAGCUGCUGACUAUUUUGGGCUAUUGCGCGGUGCCAUGCUAUGCUAUACUCAUACUCAUACUCAUAAUUCUAAACACGUUCUGCCAAGACAUCGCUGUGUACAAUACGAAGUAAAUCCUCUAGUUACUG